AUGGCCGGUCUCCAACACCCAUUCCAGUGUCUGCGAUACGUCAACAGGCAGUCAGCAGGCCAAUCGGAUAUCCUUAUCGCCACUGCUGGUCGCAAUCUUUACUCUUACCAUGCGUCCAAUGGCCAGCGCCUGGAUGUGUGGCCUCAGCCUGUAGAUGCCAAUGCGGAGGAUAAAAGCUCUGACGCAGCUCCCGCAUCUGAAAGCCAAGGCCCCCCAGAAAAGCGAAGGAAGCUGUCUUCGACUUCCGAAGAACAGACGGAUGCCAAAUCUGAGUCAACCCCUAAGGACUCGAAGAGAGAAGCUUCCAAUUCCUGGACCAACAUUCCUCUCUUGACUGUUGCCCACGGUAAAUAUGUAGUGAUCAUGACCUCCGAGGACAAGUGUGUUCGAGUCUUGAACCUGGAUGCCGAAGGGAAACUCCAGCAAUUGAGUGCUCGUACAAUGCCCAAGAAGCUCUCUGCGCUUACUCUGACUCCCGAUGAGAACAACAUCUUGACGGGUGACAAAUUCGGAGAUGUGUACACUUUCCCACUGAUUCCGAGUGGAGAAUACGUGAAGCCCCAGGCUCCAGCCAAAGCAUAUGAGCCAUCUGCUACGAACCUCACGGUGCACACGAAGCGCAACCUUGAAUCAUUGGAACAACAAAUGCGACAGGCUGCUCUGUCGAAGACCAAUCAAGCGGAACGAGUUGUUCUGAACUUCGAGCACCAAGUCAUAAUCGGUCACGUUUCGUUAUUGACGGAAUUGAUUUCCGUCACCCGGCCUGCGGACUUGACUGUUGGCAAGCGGAAUUACAUACUGACAGCGGAUCGUGAUGAGCACAUCCGUGUCUCUCGUGGUGUUCCCCAAGCUCAUGUCAUUGAGCAGUUUUGCUUUGGCCACACUUCGUUUGUUAGCAGUCUGUGCGUCCCCUCGUUCGAACCCAAGGUUCUUGUCUCGGGUGGUGGCGACAAUUAUCUGCUUGUAUGGGACUGGCUCGAGAACCAGAUUUUGCACAAAGUUCAGCUCCCUGGGGCAGAAGGAGAAACCACCGUGCGCGGCAUUUGGGAUGUUUCCCUUAAGCCUACCGCAGACAAUGCGGAUCCUGUGAAGGCUAUCUUCGUCGCACUUGAAGGGCACGUUCCAAUCACGAUUAAUCUUAUUUAUACUUCUACUAACAUUGAGGAUAGGUCUGCACAGCUUCUUUGCUACACACUCAAAAGCGACAACUCGAUAACUCACCAGGAUACCCUCCAACUGUCAGGAAACGUUCUUGCACUGAUUGGCCUUGAUUCAAGAGGCUCAAUUCUUGUUGCUGUGGAUACUUUGCGGGAAUCCGAUUCGAUAAGUGCCUGGAGGUCCUCUUCCCAGCCUCCGCUUGAAGCCUUCCGCUUCAGUUCCGGAAAGUGGGCUCCUGUGGAAGACUCCAUGGUCGCUAACAUCAACUCCGAAGGCACAUCAAGUCUCUCUACGACAAUAGAGGAGAAACAGCAGAAAGAGCUGAAUGACUCCAUGUACAAUUUGGGCAACCUGCGGAAGAGAGAUGACUAUGACGAAUAA